AUGACUCGACAACGAAACGGCAAUUGUAAAGCAAAAGCGGUCUACGAUCCGGGGACACCGCGACAGCGUGCCGCGCUCGGGACCGGCCAGGAAGUCAGAAUGCUCUUGGCUAUCUCACUUGUCGCGUUGGCUCUUGGACCGUCGCGCUACGCCAAUGCUCAAGCACCUAGUACUUAUCCGCAUGCAUAUCCUGGAAUGCCCAAAACGGGUUACGGCCCACACUGGCAAAAUUAUUUCGAGGUGACCUCACCGCUGCCCAAUAUCACCAAGCCUCUUGGUGUUCGAAGCUUUGCGGGUAACGUCGGAGUCAAUCGCGCUGGGCAUCCCAACGCAACACUCUUCUUCUGGGCGUUUGAGAAGACGCAUGGGAGUCUCACAGCAAAGUCGACGACAGAGCCGUGGAUGAUAUGGCUAAAUGGCACGGUUCUUUGUUGUGGUCCCGGUUCGUCCAGUAUGAUUGGGCUGAUGACGGAGAACGGGCCAUUACGAGUCACGGGCAACUUCUCUAUUGUGCAGAACAAGUUUAGCUGGAACAAGCUCGCUGAUACCAUCUGGAUUGACCAACCUGUUGGCACGGGGUACUCUACUUCCGAUGCGAAUGGUUACGUCCCCGACGAGGAUCAAAUGGGACAAGACUUUGUCCAGUUCCUGUCUAACAUUGUCAAGAUAUUCCCCAGUCUUGCGAAGCGUCCUCUGUACCUCUCUGGAGAGUCGUACGCCGGAACCUAUAUUCCUUAUAUUACCAAAACGAUAUUCUCUACUCCCAACCCACCAGUCAGACUCGCCAAAAUCAUUGUCGGCGAUGGAACAUUGGGAGAUUCUGCGACCUUCGAACAAGUACCGACUAUCACGACAAUCGAAACGUACCCUCAGCUAAUCAGCUAUGACCCAGAGGUGUACGAGUACUUCAAACUACAACAGCACUUGUGUGGAUACGAUCUCAACUUUACCUAUCCAGAAACGGCCCAUUUCCCGACCCUUAAUGACCCUAGCUUCGGCUCGAUCUUUGGUUCCGCCUCGCUUAGAAAUAGACAGUACAAGUCUCUUAAGGAGCUUGCUGUGGAGAACAGUCGAUUAAAAAGUGCCAACAACAAACGAGAUCUGGCCCUGCAAGAGGAGCGUCGACAGGCGUGGAAGCGGGAUUUGUCAGGCCGCGCAAAUGGCACCAUUGACCCUUACUAUGGCUGCUUCACAUACUUUGAGCUUCUCGACUACGCUGCCAAUUUCUCAUUUCCCUGGAACACGCCUUUGGGUGGCAUUGACGUUUACGAUAUUCCGGAUGGGCUGAACCCUGAAGUCCCCAGCGACCCAACAACCUUCAUGAAUGAUCCUAGGACGAGAGCCGCGCUGCACGCCCCAACCUCCAAGGACUGGCUGUUCUCUUUCGACUAUCCAUUCGGGUCAACGCCGGAAAACAGUCCCAUUCAAGACCCUAGUCCCGCGCCAAUGGUUUUCUUGACACAACUAGCAGCAAACGCCUCGGCAAAAGGUGUCGGAGUCGUCUUUUACUCGGGAAAUGACGACUCGUUGGUUGCACAUCGUGGAACAGAGGCCGUCAUCCAAAACAUGACGUUCGGCGGUAUCCAAGGCUUUACGCGGAAGCCAGCGACCCCUUGGAAGGACGAUAAGGGGAAUUUUGCAGGAAUUGUUCAUCAGGAGCGCAACCUGACAUACGUUCUCUUCAAAGGCGCUGGCCACCUCGUCCCUGCCUACGUCCCUGAAGCAGCAUUUGUAUUCAUCCGGGAUUUCGUUUUGGGAGACAAGACCACCGGUUUAGUGAAGAGUGAUGGUACCGUCGUUGGCGGCGAGGACCCCGCGCUCGCUGCAGACGUUAUGCCAGGAAGCAACGUAAUCUACUACGGGAGCGGGGCAAACGCGACGACCAGUUUGUCGACUGUCGUUCCGAGUGCUACGCUGGCGUCGUGGCAGAAGUUCUUGGCCAGUCAGACUGCAACCUCAAAAGCAGCGACCACUACUAAGCACUAG